AAAAAAGUAAUCAAAAUGCGUCUGGGUGCAACUAUGCCAAACUUCAAGGCGGAGACCACAAAGGGUCCCAUCAGCUUUCACGAAUGGCAGGGCAACUCCUGGGUUGUGCUCUUCUCUCAUCCAUCGGACUUCACGCCUGUGUGCACCACUGAACUGGGUCGCAUUGCUGUGCAUCAGCCAGAGUUCGCCAAGCGCAAUACCAAGUGCUUGGCCCACUCGGUGGAUCCUUUGGACUCGCAUGUCGAUUGGGUGAAUGACAUUAAGUCCUACUGCUUGGACAUUCCCGGCGAAUUUCCAUAUCCCAUUAUUGCCGAUCCCACACGCGACUUGGCUGUCUCACUAGGUAUGCUCGACGAGGACCAGAAGAAGGAUCCCGAGGUGGGCAAGACCAUACGUGCGCUAUUCAUCAUCAGUCCGGACCACAAGGUGCGCCUGUCCAUGUUCUAUCCCAUGUCUACGGGCCGCAAUGUUGAUGAGAUCUUGCGCACCAUUGACUCGCUGCAGCUGACCGAUCGCUUGAAGGUGGUUGCCACGCCCGCCAACUGGACUCCCGGCACCAAGGUCAUGAUCUUGCCCACCGUCACCGACGAGGAUGCCCACAAGCUGUUCCCCAAGGGCUUCGACAAGGUCUCCAUGCCAUCGGGCGUCAACUAUGUUCGCACCACUGAGAACUACUAGAAGAUGCUAAAAUUCUACAAAUUUGGGCCGAAACAAUACGCAAUAUCAAGAACUAAAUAGAUAUACUAAUACUUUUUUUACAAUUAAUUACUUAUAAAAAGCUUUAUUACAUUCCCUUUACGUUAGUAAAUUAGUUACCUUUUUAUAUAAA